AUGGCAUCCGAACAGGACAGCCAGGCUUCCACACCCCGGUCCUUCGCGGGCCAGAGCGCCUCCGCGGAGGAGAUGCUCAAGUCGCAAACCGUUGGUCUCGUGCACCUGUCCGACUUUCGCAAGCGACGCGCAGAGGUCCUGGAGCAAAAGGAGCGCGAAGCGCAUGAUAAGUCGCUAGGGCGAUUGGCAUCCGGUAAUUCAAGAAGUGCAACUCCUUCCACAGGCGACGUGACUGACGGAUCCUCGACACCAAAGAGUGACGCUCCGCCCAAGAAGAAGAAAAAGAAGGCUCUCGCUAAGAGCAAACUCUCAUUUGGCGACGAUCACGAGGAUACAGGGGAGGAAUCGGCCGUCGCCACGCCGCGCGACUCCAGUAUCUCCCGAUCCGGCUCGAAAACACCAAACGAUGAAGGCACACCCUCCUCUUCGAUCCCAUCUAUCGAGGCCGAGGCGGCGACACGCGAUGCUCUGCGUAAGGAAUUCCUGGUGAUGCAAGAGGCAGUCAAGAACACCGAGAUCCUGAUUCCAUUUGUGCUCUUUGACGGAACAAGCGUCCCGGCUGGAUCGGUGAAAAUCAAAAAAGGAGAUCCGAUCUGGCUGUUUUUGGACAGGUGUCGCAAAGUUGGUGCUGAACUGGGUGGCCGUACUGCCAGCGGUGCGGCCAAGGCUCGCCGAGAAUGGGCGCGUGUCAGUGUUGAUGACCUGAUGUUGGUCAAAGGCGAUGUCAUUGUUCCUCAUCACUACGAGUUCUACUACUUUAUCGCAAACCGCGUACAGAGUUUCUCGAAAUCUGGUGGUCUGUUGUUCGAUUAUUCGGAUAAACCACCCCCAGCCCAAUCAAAUGAUAAGCUUCCCGAGGGUCUGUAUCAUCCCAACGAAGAGAAGCUCGAAGGUUUCGACAAGGACGCUGCAGAUACCAAGGUGGUUGACCGUCGGUGGUAUGAAAAGAACAAGCACAUCUACCCGGCCAGUCUCUGGAACGAGUAUGAGCCUGGAUGCGCUGGCGACCUUGGACUUGCACAUCCAACAAAUGGCGACCGACGUUGUCCCGCUUGCUCAACCGUCCUUUCCAACCCCGAUGAUGCAGUUUCGACCAUUUUGAACCCCACAGAGGACUACAAGACAAGCGUUCUGAGUGGUCUUGAUCCUAAUACUAUCAUGGAGUGCGCCGGGCGUGCCUUGGGAUUCUGGGCAUAUCAGAGCACGCAGGAAAUAUUCUACCAAGAAUUUCUCGGCAAAAGCCUCACUGAGAAAUACGCGGGCCUGAGCACGCAGAUGGACAAAGUCAUCCACAACGCCAAUUCCGAGAUCGCAACUCUACACGAAAAAGUCUCCGACCUGCAAGACUCACGCGAACAGCUGGAGAAGAAGAAUCAAGAACUGAUCAACCUCAAUCGGGAACGAUCCAAGAAACUCACCCAGAUAACAAACCUCUACAACAUCCUGAAAGCGCGCGCAAUGCGAACUCAGCUGCAAAACGCCGCCUCGGACACGGUCACUCAGACCAUCAACACAUUCACAUCUCGAACCGAACCUGCUGAGCAAACAGCUCACGCCAAUAACCAUACCUAUCCAAAGGUUCGAACCACCAGUGGGAGUGGGCCAAAGACGCCGGUCUUUCCAAUGAGUCCUGAAGGAGUCGAACAACUUCAUCGGUACCAACGAAGUGGUACAGGCAGCUCCAAACAAGCGGGUAAUAAGAGAUCUGGCGGGAAAGCUAUGGCGGCCCCGACAGGUCGAUUGAACUGGAAGUCGCCCGGGGUCCCACCUUCCAUGAACCCACAGCACCGUACUCGUCUGCCGCAGACAACUCGGCAGUCAACUAUCAUGUCCAACCUCCCAUCUGGUGAAGCUAUGCUUGCGCGAUUCGGAAACUGA